AUGUUUUUCUUAAAUAUAAGAAUAUAACUCAAUAAUAUCAAUCCUUAAUUUAUUAAAGUAGAAUCCUAAUAUAAUUAUUUAUCUUAUUAUCUUUUACUAAAUUAUAUCCAUAUGUCGAUUUAAAUUUACUUUAAAGUGAGAUGUGAAACUUAAUUUAAACAACAAGUUUAUAUUGUUGGUGAUUAACAACUAAUGGGAAAGUGGAAUCCAUAAAAAGGAAUUAAACUUGAAACAAAUAGCGAUAUUUAUCCAUUAUGGAUAGGGACUUUACUAGGAGAUUUAGAACCAAGUAAGGGUCAUUAAUUAUCAAAGACUAAUUGAUCAAAUUCAAAGCAGUAAUUGUGGAAUGUGAAAAAAUAAUUUGGGAAUCAACUGAAAAUAGAGUAGUAUAGGUCUGGUACUAAACAUAAACAGUGUUAUUUACUUUUGACUCAAGUCCCAUAAAAAUGAUAAAGAUUAAAUCCUUUUUCGAAGAGGAUUAAGAUUCUGAUGUAGAAACCGACUAUUUUAGUAUAAAAUGCUCCUUAUAUUAUUAGGUGGUGCUAGAAGAAGAUAAUUAAAAGAUGUAAUAAGCCCUUUGGAAUUCGACUAUACUAGCUCAGUAUUUAAUUGAAAAACUUAUUUUUAGGAUUCAGAAUCAGACAACAGCAAUAUUUCAUCGAUCUUUAUUGAAAAUAUUGAUGUAUAGAAUAAUCUUGACAACUUAGAUUAUUUUACUUGUUCUCCUUUUGAAAGUUUUCUAAAAAAUUUAAAUGAAUGA